AAUGUCUCCAGUAUCCCCUUAAGUUUAUAUUGAAGGCAAUUCCCAGAUGGCGUUACUAAUGCUCAAAUACUCUCAUAAAAGUGUUUCUUCUUAUUUUCCUCUGAUCCCGUUGCCCACACGCUAUCUAUCACAAAGCCGGUAAAACAGAAUGCCUUCUGUCAAAAUGGCCGAGUGUUCGUGGAAGGUUAUAUUCUAAGCGCCAGGAGAAAUCAUUCGAGUGUGCAAACCAAUCCUUCAUAGCCUGCGAACAACACGCAGACCUAUUUUCUCGAAGAUAUGUUAUCAUCCGGUAAACGCAGUUUAUCCAGAGAAGACAUCAGAGCCGCAGACAAAGAUGAGAAAGAGUCGUUAUUGGAGCAUGACAGUGAUCUCGACGAGGAGAUGUUAUUCACAGUAUAUCAUUGCAGCCAGCCCAGCACGUCAAAUAAAAGUGAAAAUGUUGACAGAAAAAUGGAUAGUGUCAAGCUGCAAAUUCAAGAGGUGGCGGACGUGAUGCGGGAUAAUGUUCAAAAAGUGAUGGAUCGUGGCGAGAGACUGGAGGAUUUACAGGAGGCAAGCGAUCGUCUGAACAUGGCUGGAAAUGAAUUUAGAGAAGCCGCGAAAAGAGCGCAACGAAGAGCGUGGCUGCAGAACGUCAAAUCGAGGAUUAUUAUUAUCAGCAUUACUGUGACAAUUGUGCUUUUUAUUGUUGUUUUGGACAUCAUGGUACUUUACCUGGUUCUCAGAUAGCAAGCAUGAUGUUCCGAGCCUCGAUCAUUCGAAUAAAGUAUCCAUUGUUGUGAAAUACGUCUAAGUGAGGAAUCGCCAAUAUGCAUAUUGUACAUGUUGUAUAUUAAGAUCUUCUCGCGAAUUAUAAUCAUAAGUAUUGUAAUUAUAUAAACUAUUUUGUAUAAAUACAUAUAUUUCUUCUAUAUUACUUUUACGUAAAUAUGUUCUGUUAGUUUUUUGCAUUAAGUUAUCAUAAAAAUUGUAUUACCACUUACGUUUAUCUUGUGCGAACAAAUAAUUGAAAUUAAGACGGAAUACAAUUUAUAAUUUUAUUUUUCACG